AAAAAAGAAAAAUCCGAAAUCCAUGAAAUCGGGUCAACGAGAGAUAUACACAGAAGCGGCGGCUAUCGUGAGAUGACGAUGAAGGCUUCUUUCAAGGGAAAGUUCGAUGUCGACAAGAGCGGUGGCACUGCUUCGCUUGCCUUCAACGCCGGCAAUGUUAAGCUACGCGCCACCAUGACUGAUGCUGCUCUCGUCGCCGGCCCUAGCUUGAACGGUCUCUCUCUCGCCGUUGAGAAGCCUGGCUUCUUCAUCAUCGACUACAACGUCCCUAAAAAGGAUGUUAGGUUUCAGUUCAUGAACACAAUCAGAAUUGCAGAGAAGCCUUUGAAUCUGACUUACAUUCAUAUGAGAGGAGAAAACCGGACAAUUGUUGACGGGAGCCUUGUGGUUGAUCCGGCAAACAAGUUGUCUGCUAACUACACGGUGGGUACAAAGAACUGUAAGCUCAAGUACACUUAUGUUCAUGGUGGGAUGGCUACAUUUGAGCCUUGUUAUGACUUGUCUAAGAAUAUGUGGGACUUUGCGGUUUCUCGCAAACUUUAUGGUGGUGAUAAUCUCAAGGCAACUUAUCAGACUUCUAGUAAGCUGCUUGGUUUGGAAUGGUCGAGGAACUCCAAAACGACUGGAUCUUUCAAGAACAUCUGUUGGUGCCGAGCAUCGUGAAAGAAUGCCUAAAUCGAUUUUUAGAACAUUGUUCAUUAAGCAAGCCAAAAUUGGUUCCUUUUCCAGUCGUGUAAUUUAGCCGAGGAAUUGAAGACGCCAAAACUGACCGCAGAAACGACAUGGAACCUGGAAAUUUAGUUCCCACACAUCAAAAAAGUCUAUAUUCUUUCGGUUGUUUUAAUGUGGAUUCAAGUCUUGACAGAGGAAUCUAAAAAAUUUCUAGUCGUUCUGUAUUUAUUAUUGUUAAGACCAGACUAUAAUGACCAAAAAAAGAAAAAUAUUUAGGUUUAUCACUAAGUUGUCACCU